UGGAUGACUGGUGUGAGUGUGUGUGUCGGGGAGAGAGAGAGAGAGAGAGAGACUUUUUUUUCAUUCUGCUCUUUCCUCCUGUUUCCUCUCUCUUUAGGCAAGCAGAGCGGAGUGGGACUGAGUGAGGAGGAGACGUGCGCACACCACAGCCACUCCACAGAGCCAAGGCAGGAGAAGAGUUUGCAAGGAGACAAUAAGAGCAAGAGAACUGCUUUUUGAGGGGGAUACCAAACUCAAAACGAGAAGUACAAGACCCAAACAAACAAAAAGGGAUUUGUCUAUCUAAACUUCUCACAGGAAAUUAUAUUGUUUUUUUUUUUAUAUUGGCUGAAAAUACAUACAUUUUUUUUUUCUCCAAAUUUUAAGCAGGAUUCCUUAGAAGGCGGACAGGAAGAAAUAAGUCAGGCUGGGACGGUGUUGAUAAAGCUAGGCAAAAGGAUGUUUUUUGGCACGCUGGAGAUGUGCGUCUGGGCCGGGAUGCUCUGCGCCCUGCUGACAGCCGGCGCGGGUGCCUGCCCUGCCCUGUGUACCUGCAGCGGCACCACAGUUGACUGCCACGGACUGGGGCUCAGGACCAUGCCGAGGAAUAUCCCACGCAACACCGAGAGGCUGGAGCUGAAUGGGAACAAUCUCACACGCAUCACCAAGAGUGACUUUGCUGGUCUCAAAUACAUCCGAGUUCUGCAGCUGAUGGAGAAUCAGAUUACCGUGAUCGAGCGUGGGGCUUUUGAUGACAUGAAAGAGCUCGAGAGACUGCGCCUGAACCGUAAUCAACUGCAGCACCUUCCAGAGUUGCUCUUUCAGAAGAACCCUGGCCUGUCUCGUCUAGAUCUGAGCGAAAACCUCAUCCAGUCCAUCCCAAGAAAAGCUUUCAGAGGAGCCACAGACAUCAAAAAUCUUCAGCUGGAUAAAAACCACAUCGGCUGCAUCGAGGACGGCGCCUUCAGAGCUUUGCGAGGCUUGGAAGUGCUAACCCUGAACAACAACAACAUCAGCAGCAUCCCCGUUUCCAGCUUCAACCACAUGCCCAAACUGCGAACCUUCCGUCUCCACUCCAACAAUCUCAACUGUGACUGUCAUCUGGCCUGGUUGGCCCAGUGGCUUCGACAGCGGCCUACCAUCGGACUGUUCACUCAGUGCACGGCACCGCCAGAGCUCAAAGGUCUCAAUGUGGCCGAGGUUCAGAAACACGAAUUCAGCUGCUCGGGUUACCAAGAUUCCUCCAGUCCUCAACCUUGCAACACAGGUGGAGGUUCCUGUCCCGCCAUGUGUACCUGCAGCAACAACAUUGUGGACUGCAGAGGGAAAGGUUUGACUGACAUCCCAGCCAACCUGCCGGACAACAUGGCCGAAAUCCGUCUGGAGCAGAAUGGGAUUAAGGCAGUUCCUGCAGGAGCCUUCUCCCCCUACAAGAAGCUGCGCAGGAUAGACCUGAGCAACAACCAGAUCUCGGAGAUCGCUCCAGACGCCUUCCAGGGCCUGCGCUCCCUCAACUCGCUCGUGUUGUAUGGAAAUAAGAUCACCGACCUGCCCAAGGGUGUCUUUGAUGGCCUCUAUGCUCUGCAACUGCUUUUGCUGAACGCCAACAAGAUUCACUGCGUCCGUGCCAACACCUUCCAGGACCUGCAGAACCUCUCGCUGCUGUCGCUCUACGACAACAAGAUCCAAAUUCUGGCCAAGGGCACCUUCGCUUCACUGCGAGCGAUACAGACCCUUCACCUGGCCCAGAAUCCAUUCAUCUGCGACUGUAACUUGAAGUGGCUCGCCGACUACCUGCGCUCCAACCCCAUCGAGACCAGCGGCGCCCGCUGCGCCAGCCCCCGUCGGCUGGCCAACAAACGCAUCGGGCAGAUCAAGAGCAAGAAAUUCCGCUGCUCCGCCAAGGAGCAGUACGUCAUCCCAGGUGCCGAGGACGCCCGGCUGAAUAACGCCUGCAACAGCGAUCCCGUGUGUCCUCCCAAGUGCCGCUGCGAGUCCAACGUGGUGGACUGCUCCAACCUGAAGCUCGCCAAGAUCCCCGAGCACAUCCCGUCAUCCACCACUGAGCUGCGCCUCAACAACAAUGACAUCACCACUCUGGAGGCCACCGGCGCGUUCAAGAGCCUAACCCAGCUCAAGAAAAUCAACCUCAGCAAUAACAAAAUCACGGAGAUUGAGGAUGGCGCGUUCGAGGGUGCCUCGUCCGUCAAUGAGCUUCACCUCACAGCCAAUCAGAUCGACACGGUCCGGAGCGAGAUGUUCCGUGGCCUGGAUGGGCUCCGCAUGCUGAUGCUGAGGAACAACAAGAUCAGCUGCAUCCACAACGACAGCUUCACCGGCCUCCACAACGUGCGUCUGCUGUCUCUCUACGACAACCAGUUGACCACCAUCACCCCUGGAGCUUUCGAUACCCUGCAGACCCUCUCCACCCUAAACCUUCUUGCCAAUUCUUUCAACUGCGACUGUCGCCUGUCCUGGCUGGGAGACUGGCUGAGGAGCAGGAAGAUCGUUACGGGGAAUCCUCGCUGCCAGCGUCCGGCCUUCCUCAAGGAGAUCCCCCUGCAGGAUGUAGCGCUUCCUGAUUUCCGCUGCGAGGAAGGCCACGAGGAGUCAAGUUGUGUGCCCAGACCUCAGUGCCCCAGCGAGUGCACUUGCCUGGAGACGGUUGUUCGCUGCAGUAACAAGCAUCUCCACGUGCUGCCCAAAGGAAUCCCCAGAAAUGUGACCGAACUGUAUCUGGAUGGAAACCAGUUCAGCGUGCUACCAAAGGAUCUGUCCACCUUUAAGUUCCUUCAGCUGGUGGAUCUAAGCAACAACAAGAUAAACUCUCUGACCAACUCAUCUUUUGCCAACAUGAGCCAGCUCACCACCUUAAUCUUGAGCUACAACUCCUUGCGCUGCAUUCCCAAAAUGGCCUUCAGUGGACUGCACUCUCUCCGGCUACUGUCUCUCCAUGGCAACGAAAUCUCCGAGCUUCCUGAUGGCAUCUUCGGUGACGUGGCCUCUCUCUCCCACUUAGCAAUCGGCGCCAACCCGCUGUACUGCGACUGCCGCCUGCGCUGGUUGUCUGACUGGGUCAAGACCGGAUACAAAGAGCCUGGUAUCGCCCGCUGUGCUGGUCCACACGGUCUGGAGGGCAAACUCCUGCUCACCACACCAGCAAAGAAGUUUGAAUGCACGGGUGAGGUGGACACAGCGGUGCUGGCCAAGUGUAACCCGUGUCUGUCCAGCCCGUGUCAGAACCAGGGUGUGUGUCAUAGCGACUUGGUGGACAUCUAUAGGUGCAACUGUGCUCCGGGAUUCAAGGGCAAGAACUGCGAGACUGCUCUAAACGCCUGCGUGAGCAACCCUUGCGCCAACGGAGGUCGAUGCCAAGUGGAUAAGGAGGAUGAGGGUCAGUACAGCUGCACAUGUCCGCUGGGUUUUGAGGGCCCCACCUGCAAGAUCAACAUUGACGACUGCGAGGACAACGACUGCGAGAACGGCGCCACCUGCGUGGACGCAGUCAACAACUACACUUGUUUUUGUCCCCCCUACUACACAGGGGAGAUGUGUGAGGAAAUGGAGGACAUGUGCGCCCCAGGACGAAGCCCCUGCAAACAUCAGUCUACCUGCCUCAUCACCUCCUCUGGGCCCAAGUGCAUGUGCGCUCCUGGUUACGUGGCUGACGACUGCAGUGUGGACUACGACGACUGCCAGGAGCAUCGCUGUCAAAAUGGAGCCCAGUGUGUGGACGAGCUGAACGGGUACACCUGUCAGUGUGAGAAAGGUUAUAGUGGUCAGCUGUGUGAAGUUCCGCCCUCGCCGCUGUCCCUGUGCGAACUUGCUGACUGUCAGAACGGCGCCCCCUGUGUGGAGCGAGGUGGCCGCGCCCUCUGCCAGUGCCCCCCAGAGUUUGGCGGGCCACGCUGCGAGAAGCUGGUCAGCGUCAACUUUGUGGACAGAGACUCCUACCUGCUGCUCUCUGACCUCAAGAACUGGCCGCAAGCCAACAUCACCCUGCAGGUACGCCCCAUCGUGCUUCGCCUUCCACUAAAUUCUCUUCCAAUCCACUCCUUACCUCCCUGCCUGCUAUGUCCGCAGGUUUCCACAGCGGAGGAUAACGGCAUCCUCUUAUACAACGGAGACAAUGAUCACAUUGCAGUGGAGCUGUACCAAGGUCACGUAAAGGUCAGCUACGACCCAGGCAGCCAGCCCAGCCACGCCAUCUACAGUGCUGAGACCAUCAAUGACGGUCAGUUCCACACGGUGGAGUUGGUCACGUUGGACCAGAUGGUGAACCUGUCCAUCGACGGGGGUCUCCCCACCACCAUGGACAGCUUCGGGGCAGUGCGGCCCCUCAACGGAGAGGCUCCACUAUACGUGGGGGGUAGGGGCCCUCUCCAGAACACACCUCCCUCCUCUUCAGGGAUGCCCGUGGGUGUACACCCGGGCGCCUUCCGCCUGUGGCAUAUCCAGAACAGCUCCAGUUUUCACGGAUGCAUCCAAAACCUGUACAUCAACAACGAGCUGCAGGACUUCACCAAGACCCAGAUGAAACCUGGCGUGGUGCCGGGCUGCGAGCCUUGCAGGAAGAUCUACUGCGUGCACGGCAUCUGCCAGCCUGACGGCCUCCAGGGGCCCGUGUGCUACUGCCGGCCAGGCUGGGCCGGACCUCACUGCGAUCUGCCGGCCUCCAACCCCUGUCAAGGCAGCAAAUGCGUCCAUGGCCGAUGCAUCCCGCUGGACAACGAAUCUUACCGCUGCGAUUGUACCGAGGGCUACCGCGGUGCACUGUGCAACCAACAGGGAGAGCUGUUCAACCCCUGCCGCCGGCUGAAUUGCAAACAUGGCCGCUGCCAGAUCUCCGACACGGGAGACGCCUACUGUCACUGCGAAAGUGGCUACACAGGGGAACUCUGUGAUAUAGAGUCGGCGUGCCGGGGCGAGCCCAUGCGGGACUUCUAUCAGGUGCAGCGAGGCUACGCUAUCUGCCAGACAACGCGUACCGUGUCCUGGGUGGAAUGCAACGGCGUGUGCGAGGCAGGCACCUGCUGCGCCAGCCAGCGGAUGAAGCGCCGGAAAUACACGUUUGAGUGCAGCGACGGGACCACUUUCAGCGAGGAGGUGGAGAAGAGCAUCAAGUGCGGCUGUGUGGGCUGCAGUGUCUAGAACAUGAUGGAAAAGAGAGAUUCUAAAGGAAAUAUAUAAAAUCUCUAUCUAUAUAUUGAGAACUUUGAUUCUUGUAAAAUAGGACAUGUACUUUGUGAGCUGCAGUAUUGAGUUGUGACUCAAAAGGCUCCAGAGGCCCCCCGACCCCUGCCCACCCCACCGCAAACAGCAGUGAGGGCAGCGUGACGGGGGCGAAUGAAAGAAGAAAAGAGCUGGGGCAUUGACCAAGUGUCACGUGACAGUUUGUUGUUUAUUUGUCAGGCAACCACACAAACCCACGCACAUGCUCAGAAAAAGAUAUUCGAGUGGCACAUAAGUGCGGAUGCAGUGACUAACUGGGCUCGUUCAGUCCCCCAGCAUGCAUUACCCUUUCCUUCCAGCAGGAGGCGAUCUAGCGUCUCCUCCUCGUGACACCUUGCAGUAUUCAACACGAGGAGCAAUAAGUUGGCUGAUUAAAAACCACAUAAAACUUUGUAAUUGAUUGAUUAGAUUUUUUUCCCUGUUGUAUCGUGCUCUUUUCUCAUUUUUUAUUUGUAUUUUAUUUCACCGUGUAACCUUCAAAAAGGAAACCUCCCCGUUUAUAUAGAAAUGCCUAACAGAUUCUAAUAUAUAUAUACAUAUAUAUAUAUUUGUAUUUCUUUUUUUGUGGGGGUGGGGGGUGGGUAUAGUAUUUUUCUAUGUUAAGUGGAAGGUUGGUGGUAAAGGGUGCUGGCUUGGUCUUUUUGUUUUUAAUAAUUUGUCCACCAUUUAAUGGCAAGUAGUAAUGGGCCACAAACUUGGAUUUUAAAAAAAAUUGAAUAUCGUGGGAAAGUUUAUUUCAGUAGUUCAAAUCAAAAGGUGAAACACGAUCAAACAUGUGAAAAUGUUUUUCAAAAGCCAGUUCUUACCUAAUUGGUAUUGUUUAAAAAAAAGCAUUUUUGACUGUUUCAUACGUAAUAGUUGAAGUCCUUGGAGAAGGAGUUUUGUCAGCUUUAAUCAUUCAAAUUAUGUGAAAUUAAAUCGUGAAAUCCUGUAUUUCACUGUAUGUAGUGAAUCGAGCCGCUGUUUCACUUUUUGAAUUGAACCACAGAUGUAAGUGGAGUUUUCUAAAAGAUUCAAGUGUUUUUCGAUGCAUCUAUAUACGUAUAGGAGCCACUGCUGGUCUGCUCUGGAACUCUGUCGUUAAAUAUUGUAUAUGUUGUCUUCCAUGUGAAUAUUACAUCCCGUUCAUGAGCGCAUCGGCCUGUUUUCGCUCCUCUUAUAAUUUAUUUUUUUUGUACGGCCAUGCAUUAUGUGUGCAUUGCAGUUUUCCUGAUAUUUACAAAAACAUUCAAAAGAAAACAAAAAUGAAUUCAAAAACUGCGUUAAAAAAAACUAUGAAGCUAAAGUUCAACGUACAUCAUAAGCUGCUGUCAAGCAUGAGUCGUGUUGGGAAAAUAACACAACCAUGCAACCGCUAUGACACAUAAAAGGUUAGGACAUUUUCUAGUUGAUAUUUAAAAAAAAGAAAUCUUGAGGUGCCAAUUCGUUGAGCACAUAGCUGAAUGUAUAAAUGUGUACAGAUAAUAAAUAUGCUUUUUUCCUGAAGUGGUAACGUUUAGCUGUUCUUUAGUUUAGAAUGGAUCACAUACUGUUCUGAUAUUGGGAAUUCUGGUAAUUAUGUAACCGUAUAGAUGCUCACCGUCCUCCUUAGAGGCCGCGGGCCUCAUAAAGGCGCACCUUUCGUGGAAUGUGACUUUUUGUUGGCUUCUGUCGGUUCACGUCUCCUUGGUGUGCAAGUACAACUUCCUGGUAGACAUCUUCGUGGUGCUUGUGCUAUAUUGAGAUGUACUGUAUCUCAAAUCAGUGAGACUCUCCAUCUUAUGAGCUAUGAUAUACAUAACGAUGUUCAUAUAAACCACACAAUGUUGUAAAAAGAUGUUGCUUCUCUGUCAAAGGACUUGAUGGUGGGAUUGAAGCGAAAUACGCCCCGAAAUUAUUCUGAAUGUAUGUAAUGCCACCGACAAAAUGUUUACCAAACCUCCACUCUUUUCUUUCAUUAAACUUCUAUGUGUGUGCUUUUAACAA